AAUAAUAUUGUAAUUUGCAGGCAAAGAGAUGAUCGAUUACAUCGCCGAGUACUUGGAGAACAUCCGGUCGAGGAGAGUGUUCCCGGAAGUGAAGCCGGGAUACCUGAGAUCCGCGGUGCCUGAUUCGGCCCCUCUCGAGCCCGAGCCGUGGGACAACAUCAUGGCGGACGUCGAGAGCAUCAUCAUGCCUGGGGUGACACAUUGGCAAAGUCCACACAUGCACGCAUAUUUCCCCGCGUUGAAUUCAUAUCCUUCGAUGCUGGGAGACAUGUUGGCAGAUGCCAUCAACUGUCUAGGAUUUACUUGGGCUUCGAGUCCAGCUUGUACUGAAUUGGAAACAGUUGUAACAGACUGGGUUGGAAAGAUGAUAGGAUUGCCGGCAGCCUUCUUGCAUUCAGGUUCCAGGGGCAAAGGAGGAGGUGUCAUUCAGACGACGUCGAGCGAAGCCACCCUGGUCGCACUCCUGGCAGGGCGGACGGAGGCGAUCAAGAAGUACAAGACCAACGGCUCGGACGUGGAAGACGCUGAGGUGAGCAGCCGCCUGGUCGCCUACUGCUCCGAUCAGGCACACUCGUCGGUCGAAAAAGCGGGGAUCAUUGGCCUGAUUAAGAUGCGGUACUUGGAGAGCGACGUCUUCUUGUCUCUUGGCGGCGGCGAACUGAAGGAGGCGAUAGAAAGAGACCGGAGGCAAGGACUCAUCCCCUUUUUCCUUUGUGCAACAUUAGGAACUACAGGAGCUUGUGCAUUUGACAACCUGGAUCAACUCGGACCAAUUUGCGAAGAAGAAGGUCUGUGGCUCCAUGUUGACGCAGCAUACGCCGGUACAGCGUUUAUUUGUCCUGAAUUCAGGCACUGGCUUAAGGGAGUGGAAUAUGCUUCAUCAAUUGCCUUUAAUCCAUCAAAAUGGAUGAUGGUUCAUUUUGACUGCACAACUAUGUGGGUGAAAAACAGUGGAUCUUUACACAGGACUUUCAAUGUUGACCCACUUUAUCUGCAGCACGAAAAUUCAGGUCUUGCUAUUGACUAUAUGCAUUGGCAAAUUCCAUUGAGCAAACGAUUCCGUGCAUUAAAAUUAUGGUUUGUAAUAAGAAAGUAUGGAAUAAAAGGACUUCAAAAACAUAUAAGAGAAGGUGUGAGGCUUGCUGCAAAAUUUGAAGCACUAGUAUUGGCAGAUAACCGUUUUGAAAUACCCGCUAAGAGGCACCUGGGACUUGUGGUUUUCAGGUUGAUCGGGGAAAACAUUUUAACCGAAAGGCUCUUGAAAAGGUUGAAUUCAAAAGGAAAUCUUCACUGUGUACCAGCUUCACUCAAAGGAAAAUAUGUAAUACGCUUCACUGUGACAUCUCCAAGAACUACGGUGGACGACAUAGUCAAGGACUGGAUUGAAAUAAAAAAUACAGCGACAACCGUAUUAGUGGAAAGUGAAGAAGCUAAACCUAGAGCUAAAGUUCCCCUUGGGGAAACAAAAGAGAGAAAUGAGCUGUUUGGAUCUAGCUUACUUCUUGCAAACUCACCGAUGUCACCCAAAAUCGUCAACGCCAGCUUCGCCGCAGUCUAUGAUUCAGAAAGUUCUUAUCCAGAAUGGUUGAAAGGCUGGUCAUUUUUGGCAAAUAUCUGCAAAGGAAGUCCAGUAAGGCGGAGAAUGAUGCAGGGGAAGCAGUUAUCUCUCGAUUCUCGCCUGGAUUUGGUACAGUACUGUGUUGGUUUAACAAAGUCUGUAGCGCUUCCACCCUGUUCAGAAAACAGGACUACAUCAGAACCAUCUCCACAAGAGAUGAAUGAAAAUGAAAAUGAUGAAGAUUCUCUAUGUGACUCCAAUGGAGGAAGAUCUUGCAGAUCCCAAUCAGUUGGAGCCUCAGAUGUGUUUGAUUUAAAUUGUGAAAAAAAUCCAUCUGAUGUAUCAAAAGUUUGCUUGAAGUGUGGUCAUUUCUAUGAAAUAGAUAACUAA